ACAGUGUCUAAACGUUAUGCAGUUAUAAUGAUGUGGAUGCUUAGGAGAGGGGGGGUUAGUUAACUUAAGAACUUUUUUUAAUACUAAAAAUGAAAUUAUGUUGAGUUAUUAUUCGAUUUUACUAUCCAUGCUAACGACGCUCAGUUUCCCUAUCAAUUUGCUGGAACGAUUUCCGUUGAUUUAUUGCUGAGUUCUUUGAAUGUGAUCUCUCAAAUCAUUAAACGUUAUCCAAAGAUAUACCACUGCCAAAGAUGAGUUCAUUUAAAUUAAAAUUAUGUCCAAAUGUGAAUAAAAUAUAAAGAUGAAAAUAUGGUGAGAUGGAUGUAUAGACGUUGGCAUGGGCUCACAAACACUGGAAAUCUUGCGCCAGGGUAUCUGGGCAAGUCUUACAGGAGGAUGGUUUUAUGAUCCACAUCUAGAUGUUUUUUCUAAUACAUUUCAUCUCUAUGUCUGGCUAUUUUUACUUUGUUUGCCUUUUACCAUUUACUUGUAUUUUCCUCCAACACUUUAUGUGUGGCUUGCUUACUGCUCAGCUAUCGUGGUUUUAUUUGGUACCAUAAAAUGCAUCAACCAUGCAUUGCACUGUGUCUAUGAUACAACAGAAUGCUUGGAGGAACCAAAUCAAAAUGUCAGCCAGCAAAAGUUAGAAAGUGAAAAGAAAAGAGAUUCAAGAGUUAAGAGAAGAGAGCAACCACAAAACCAAGAUUUCCAUGGCAUCGAGUUGCAAGUAUUAAAUGGAAAAACUGAUACACCACCAGUAGAAUGCUCAUCCCGUAAUUCAUAUAUUGAACCUAAUGCACCCAAUGCAGAUGCUGAUAGUAUAACGUCAGAUUAUACAAGAGAAAAACCCAAUUCAACUAUUAAUUUAAAAGUUGAGAUACAUAGAAAAAAUAGCUCGGAAAGUUCUGAAGAAGCUACUCAGUUGAAUAAACCAAUUGUUACUAGUAUUAAUGUACACGAGGCUGAACUUAUAUCUGAACGUGAUCAUGAACAUCAUUACAGAAGUAGAAUCUAUGGUAAAGGUCGCUCUACAACCAAAAAAUUUAGCAGACAUGCAUCAGAGGAUUCUAGAUCACGUUAUUCCAAGUCAAAUAAUCUUGGUAAAACAGGUUCAGAAAGUCAGAUUAAGCAAACUAGUUCUAUGGAAUUGGAGCAUCCAGAUGAGUAUCAUUAUUGGAAAUCCAAUCAAAGUGUUAUAUCGAAAACUCCACAUCAGCAACUUGUUCAUCCUCAAAGUCUUGAGACAAUAAGAGCUUCAAGUAAGGUGACAAAUUCAAAUGAUGACAAUAAUUUGCCAUUGUAUCCACAAAGCUUGGAAACAAUCAAUGCUAAGAAGAUUCUUCCACAAAAUACUUUGAAACGUAAUCAACUGCAAUUAUUGCCAUAUCUCAGCUGUGGCUCUGAAAUUGUGCAUCCAAUUGCUGAGCAGAGUGAUGAGCAAAUUACAAAUGAAAGUUCUGGGCGCUUUCAGUUGCAAGAUUCUUAUAGUCCAUUACUUGAUCGUCAAGAAAAUGAUGAUAGAUUUGUAAGAUACAUCGUAGACACGACCGUGGACAAUGAUUCAGCUAAUUCAAGAGACGCUCUGCUGGAGGAAUCGAAACCCACAAUCAAAAGACGAUACAGUAAUACAAGCCAAAGUAGUUGGGAUUUAUCCGAUAACGAACAUCAACACAAAGACAAGAAGCAAGUGAAAUUGAAACAGGGCGAUGAUUCGGUUAAUACUGGCAGUAUUGUUGGCAUAGACUGGCUCUUUGAAAAUGGCGAAGGAGAGCCAUGGACGAGCAAAAUUUUAUGGACUUCGCAGAAAUCUGACGAUACUGAUGCUUCCGAUAGUAUACAAACAGCUAGUACAGAUUAUCUGGCCAAUAAGGAGCAGCCUGACUCGGGUUCCUCUAGCACCACGACCCUUAGUCUAGAGAACGAGGCGAAGUGCAAGCUGUUGCCCAUCGAAGUGGAGAGCAAGCGGCAACAGGGCGCAAUACCCAAGCAAAGCCGAUCGCGCUCCGCCUUCAACUGUAACCAAAAUUGCAGCAGCAGCACGGGGGGCCAGGCAAACAACGCUGUUGGUGGUUCCUCGGAGGGCAUCGCCAGUGGCAACUUGACGCUCUCGCCUAUAUCGCAGCUGCUAGAGGUUGUUCAGGAGCCGAGUGGCGAUGGCCUUCAGCUUGCGUCGAAGCCCAAGAAAAGGAUUAGUACUGCCACGAGAGAGCGCCGCCAGAGAGCCAAUGCCGCUACCGCAGUUGCUACGGUCACCGCCGCAGCCACUGCUAACUUGUCCUCCGUGACCACAGGCUUUUCAGCGCCGAAUCAUGUGGACGUUAUCCACCGGGGUAAUAAUCGAGUGGUCACGCGUCAAGCGACGAAGCAGCAGCAGCAACAUCACCAUCACCAAUAUCAUCAUCACGGUUACCAUGGUCACCAUCAGCAACAGCAACAGCAACUGCAGCAGCAGCCACCGCUGCUGCCGCCGCUGGAACUCGAACGCGAGCAGGAAUGCGAAACACAAGGCGUUGGCGGUGGCUCUACUGUCGAGAUAAACAUUGGUGGCGGUUUGUUGCCCAAUCCUAUGCCAUCCUUGCUUGCAGCUCUGCUCAAUAGCCAUUCACUGAGGACAACUGUGAACGGCAACAUUCACGAGUCGCAGCAGCAGUCACAGGAGCUCAGGUUGAUUAGACCAUCUGGCAACGACGUGCGUCUGCCUCGAUCCCGUUACAAGCGUCUUCACAGAUCCGGUCGAACCAAGCGGCGACCACGUACAAGUGCCAGCCUUACCAGCAAUCAGUCCCACUCGCACCAGCAAGACCAAGAAUUCAUAACGCUAACGCGCUUCCUUUAUCACAUCACUACUAAUCCGGAGACGCCUGAAGACUCUGUACAUUACUUCCGAGAUGAUUCGGGUAGAUGGUUGGCCUAUACUUAUGAUGAGAAAGCAGCAACAGCGGCCGCUGCAGCCGCCGCAGCCGCUGCUGCCGUCACCACUGCCGCUACCGCAACCAGUAGUUCUGGCUUUGCAAGCGCCGUCUACCAGCACAGCCCUAGUGGAAACAGUCCCCUGAUCGACAUGCAAGCGUCAAUCCAGAAUCCCGCGUUAAUGUUCCCGACGCAAGUCAGCGGUGGCAGCACCAGCAGCAGCAACAGGCCAGCCCUGCCUAGUCUUGAGCACACCGAGAAACUCAUCAAUAACCUGAUUCGCCAGCAUCUUAGUCAUCAGAGCACUCGUUACGAGGCGAGUUACGGAUUGCAAGACAGCCAGUUACCAAACAUGUCCAGCAACAGUUGCAGCAGCUUGUCGCUCAACUCAGCUGUGAACGUCAGUGGAUCUGCGGCAACUACGGCAGGAAUGGGCAUAGCUACCGCACCAGCAGCGGCUACGGCUGCAGUUGGGGCGCAGGGGACAGCCGUGGCGACAGUGGCUUUGAAGGCACAGAACACCCACGGCGUGUCGGGCGCUCUUGGUUUCGAGCUCGGUCCGAGCUCGCACCAAGCAGCUUUGGCCGUUGCUCCUGGUAUCAGCGACGCUACCGUCGGCCAGCGAAUACCGCCCUUUCGCCAGCUGCUCAUGGACUCCCUCACUGACCGAAACCGCCGACUACAAAGUCUGCUCGGCAAUCUCGACUCGGCCAAUGGAUCAUCCACCAACGGAUCGAACAUUGAUGCCCAGGGCAAUCAGAUACCCGUAAUAGCGUUGCCGAUGCAUCAAGAAAAUCUCUCGUGGAACCGCUUCAUCAACGAAUUCAUUAAUUUCGAUGAUCCUAGUCAACUAAAACUGAAAUCAACGCGUCACUAUUACAAGUGGAAGAUUGGUAGCUUGCCACACGUUAAGAUUCGGUUCGAUCGACUGUCGUUGUUGGCUCUAUUGGAUCGCAAUCUAACUGCUGUAGAGACCGUGAUAGCGACAAUACUAGCCGUUGCCGUCGCUGGACUUGGGUUAUUGAUUCUUCAACAGCAAUUUUACAGGGACAUUUUUGCGUUUCUAUUCUGCUUUGUGACCGCCGGAUGUCAAUAUUCUCUGUUAAAGUCCGUACAGCCGGAUGCCGCUUCACCUACUCAUGGCUUCAACCGUAUUGUCGUUUUCUCAAGGCCUAUUUAUUUCAUUCUGACGGCAAGCUUGAUCUUGAUUCUGGACUUGUUCUUGAAGAAUGAUGCCUUUAAGGACUCAGAUUUUCGGAUCUACGGGAUGCAAGUGCUCGACUGCAACGUUCUCGCACAGACUCGCAAUGUUCUACUGAUUUUCUUACUCUGUUUCCCGAUAGUUUUCUCGUUAGGCCUCUUUCCUCAGAUCAACACUUUUCUCAUGUACUUGUGCGAGCACAUCGAUAUCCACAUGCUUGGCGGCAACGCCACAACCAGUCUCACAUCAUCGGUUUAUUGCCUUUGUCGAAGUAUCGUUACGGUAAUGACCCUCUACGGCUUCGCUUACGGAGCCCUUAUGGAGCCCAAGUCUUCACAGCAUAUACUCUUUUCGAUUUUCGUGGGCUUGCUCGUGGCCAUCUCAUACCAUCUUUCAAGGUCAUCCUCAGAUCCGAGCGUCAUAUGGGAUAUAGUUAAGACCAAUUUGUGGCCCCCAGAGGUAUUAGUGGAGGAGAAGCAAGGGCAGCAGCAAGUUAUUGAGAAUUCGAACAAACAGCAGCUGCACAAGCGCAACAAACAACAGCAGCAGCGACAGCAGCUCGCGUCGAAAAAGAAAAAGGACAUGAAGAUCGUUGUAGGCGAGCAGCAGAUGUCGGACUCGGAACUGUUCGAUCCAUUGCCCCAAAAGUUGCGCUCCACGGUAAAAGCUAGGUUAAAAAACGACUUGAUCGCGUGCUCGGUUAUCGGUAUACUAUCUUUCGGCAUCCACUCUUCGACCGUAUUCAGUGCUCUGCAGCCGGAAAUCAAUCCAGUGCUGUGGGCCUUCACCGGCUUUUUCGGUUUACUGCUGCACUACGUAUUGCCGGAGCUGAGGAAGCAGUUGCCCUGGCUAUGCCUCGCACGGCCCGUACUGCGCAGCUUCGAGCACUCGCAAUUCGAAGUGCGGGAGCCCGUUCGUAUAAUGUGGUUUGAAAAGAUCUACGUGUAUCUAUGCUUCUUCGAGCGCAAUGUGCUUUACCCGUUAGUAUUCCUCGGAGCACUGACCGAGUUCUCGCCCAAGAUCUGCCACAAGUUUGGGCCAAGCUUGGGCACCCUCGUGGUGGUUGUGUGUGGCUUGAAGUCGCUGCGCUCAGCUUACUCGGACUCGAGUACGCGCUACCUCGUGCUCGUGUUCGCUGUGCUGCUCUUCUGCAGGGAUUUUCGCGAGCUUAGCGAGACCUUCCUUCUCGAUUACUUCGUCAUGGCCAUCGUCUUCGCCAAAGUGCACGAGUUGCUGCUGAAGAUCCGCUUCAUCGUCACCUACAUUGCGCCGUGGCAGAUCACCUGGGGCAGCGCCUUCCACGCCUUCGCCCAGCCAUUUUCCGUACCGCACUCGGCUAUGCUCUUCCUCCAGGCGGCCAUAUCCGCUCUGCUGAGCACACCGCUCAACCCCUUGCUGGGCAGCGCCAUUUUCGUUACCUCCUACGUGCGACCAGUCAAGUUCUGGGAGAGGGAUUACAAGACUAGAAGGGUGGACCACUCUAACACCCGUAUGUCGCUACACCUGGAGCGCAAUCUCGGGGCGGAUGAUAACAACCUCAACUCGAUAUUCUACGAGCAACUAACUCGCUCGCUACAGCACAGCCUUUACGGGGACUUGGCGCUAGGUCGCUGGGGUAACGUGGAGCAGGGCGACUGCUUCCUGCUGGCCUCCGACUACCUCAACUGCCUCGUGCACGUGAUUCAGCUGGGCAACGGCCUCGUCACCUUUCAGUUGCGUGGCUUGGAGUUUCGUGGCACCUACUGCCAACAGAGAGAGGUCGAAGCCAUUUCUGAGGGCAUUGAGGACAACGACAAUUGCUGCUGCUGCGAAAUGGGCCACUUUUCUCACCUGCUCAGCGUUAAUGCUGCCUUUAGUCAACGAUGGUUAGCUUGGGAAGUGGCCAGUGCAAAAUAUGUUUUAGAGGGCUACUCGAUAUCCGAUAACUCCGCCGGUUCAAUGCUCCAAGUCUUUGACUUUAGAAAAGUUCUGGUCACCUACUAUGUGAAGAGCAUCGUCUUUUAUGUACUCAAGUCGGGCAAGCUCAAACACUGGCUGGACAAUCAGGAAAUCGUGGAGGCACUGAAGCUGACUUCGGAAAAGAACUUUGUGGAUCUGGACCCAGUGUUCAAUAUGAACAUCGACGAGGACUUUGACUUUAGGGCAAGCGGUAUUACCAGAAGCAGUUUUUGCAACGUAUACCUUGACUGGAUACAGUUUUGCGCUACCAAACAGGACAAGACACUCGAGAGAUCGCGAGACUCGUGCCUCGUCUCGCUGUGCUUGGCUUUAAGCUUGCUGGGGAGACGUGUCCUAGGUGCAGCUUCUCAUAAUACGGUGUCCAGCGUCGAAUUCUUCCUCUACGGCUUGCACGCAUUAUUUAAAGGAGAUUUUCGUAUCACGUCCGUACGCGACGAGUGGGUCCUACAUGACGUUGAUUUACUGCGCAGCGUAGUAGCCAAGGGCGUGAGGAUGGCUCUCAAGCUCCACCAGGAUCAUUUUAUGAGUCCCGACACUUACGAGGAGGCACCGGCCCUUUACGAUGCCAUCGACAAUCAUGAUCGCAAUCUCGUCAUCAGCCACGAGGCAGAUCCUCUCUGGAGAAAUGCCAUACUUAGCGGUGCACCUAGUCUUUUAGCCCUUAGGCACGUACUGGACGACGGCAUUGACGAGUACAAGGUCAUCAUGCUGAACAAGCGCUUCCUCAGUUUCCGUGUGAUCAAGAUGAAUCGUGAAUGUGUUCGUGGACUGUGGGCUGGACAGCAACAAGAGCUGGUGUAUCUGCGCAAUCGUAAUCCAGAGCGCGGGUCUAUCCAGAAUGCGAAACAAGCUCUGCGGAAUAUCAUUAAUAGCUCGUGCGACCAACCCAUUGGUUAUCCAAUCUAUGUGUCACCUUUGACCACCAGUUAUGCCGAAACCAACGAACAACUAUGUUCUAUCACUGGUGGCCCGCUCAGUCUCGCAGCCAUAAAAAAUAAUGCGUUAAAUUUAUGGCGAAGGGUGAGGAGAAGAUGCGGUCAAGGAUGUUCGUCCGGUGGCACAGGAUCGCAGGACGACGGCGGAUUUGGUAAUGAUGGAAUUUACGCCAUGACCACGUACAAUGUUCAUUCGGCCUACAGCCAGUCAGGUCACAACACUUCGGGCUCGCAAUCGAUGGAGUCAGGCUGCCACGUUGGAGGUAUCUCGAGCGUAGCAGGUCGGAGUUCGCUUGGACGGGGGGCCAAUACUAGCUCCGCCGCAGGCAACUGCAGAGGUUCGCUAGCUUCUGUGGGCAAGCCGACUAGUUCCACGCUCGCCAGUCUAGCUGGUUUGUUAAGCAGUGGUGAUGUGAAGUCCGAACCUAAAAGCGAGACUAGUUUCAGCAACCAACCAGUCGCCCAUCUCGGAAUCAAACUUGACAAAGACGAAGUCUUGCAAAGAGUUCGAAUAAUGGAUCCGAAUCACGUUUUCGACGCUAUAAAUCUGGGAAGACGUAUUGAUGUGAUUUGGCCAGAUGAGAAAAUGCGUCAAAUGGGUGGACGCUCCGGCUGGCAACAUUGGGUUCCAGAGCGUGGUAUGGAGGGUUGCGUGGUGCACCGUUGGUUACCGAAUCAUCGCGAUCCAAACCGUCGUUCUCACGUCGACAAAAUUAUUCUCCUCGUAAAGGUCGAAGACAAGUAUGUGCCUAUUGCCGAACAAGGCGUACGGGAUCUCGGAGCCGAGGUCUAAUUUUUUUAUUAUCUUUUAAUUUUAUUUUCUAAUUCUCGUCCGGCUACGAUAUGUGUAUACAUAAAAUAAUAUUUUCAAAAAGAUAACGCGCACAUUUAAUAAUCUUUUUGAUGAUUUGAGUUUAUUUAAAAUUUCUAUUCCUGUUCGAGUUAUUAGUCUCCCAAAAAUUACCAGAUUCCCAAUCAGUUUAAUGCCAUCGCAUAUGAUCCGUUACGCUGUUGCUACACUAUGUAACUUCAUGUACUUAAUUUUGACGUUUAAGUUACUGGUUAGUUGCAAGGUGCAUAGACAAUUCAAUUACCGUUACCGGAAAACAUUAUAAAAGUUUAUAUCAAAUCAUCACUUUCAAUGAAACAUGCAUUAUCGUUAUGUGGGAAGAAGAAAAAAGAUUUUUGUUUAACUAACUUGCAGUAAAUAUAAAUUAAAUAGUGUGCUGUAUUAUUUUGAAAAAAUAAAUAACACAAUAAACAAAUAUAAAAAAUAAAUGUAUUAUCGUGCAGAGAAAAAAAAGAGCAUAGAGUAAUUAUACGUUUGUAUAUUGGUUAAUUUGUUUUUGAAAGAUGUAAAUAGCUUAAACACUGUUAUUUUGUACACUUUUCUUACUUUUCUUAAGCUAUUUUUAAUGCCACGAAUUUGUAAAAAAAUAGACAUAAAAUGAAAUAUUACAAUUUAACUACUCCGUUGAGCGCACGUUGACAUCAUAUAUGGGUCGAUAUGUAAUAAUAUGUUCUUUCUCAAUUGAAUAAUUGUAAAUAGACUUAUUUGAAACUAAUGUUUAACAUUUAUUGACAUUCGUCAUUUCCAUUGUGAAUACAUUUUUGAAUGUAAAGGGAAAUUUUCAAAUCUGUCAACGAAACUAUUGACAUUUGAAUUUAAUAAUAUUUAAAAUUUUUUAUUUUUUUUUCGUCUCCAUUGAAAAAUUUAGAGAUUAUCUCACGGGAGAAUACUUCGGGCGCAAAAUGUUUAGAGAAAUAACCUAAACUGCGAUAGGUCAAUUAUCUUGAUAUUCAACUUACACCGCAUGUGCGGAAAUCCCAGUACUCAGUAACUAUAUCAUAACGGGGAUGUUAUGCACACGCGAACUCCUCGCUCAACAGUUUGUAGACACAAACUAAAUUUUCAUAUUCAUAGUACAAAAAAAUAAACAGAAUUAUUUUUUGUGCCUUGUAUACUCAAUAAGAUCGUUUCGUUUUAAUUUUUCGGAUUAUAUAUCGUUUAGCAAUAUAAACAAAACUCGUUUGGUAUAAAAAAAUGCAGAUAAAUUAUAUUUAAACGGUAAUGCACUCAGUUUUUAAUUAAAAAUAGUAAAAAAAAGUUUUGGAAAUCUUAAAAUGGGACUUAAAGUUUACGUUUAGACAAGGCAAAUAUUUAAAAAAUGGAAGAAAACAUUAGCAUAUAUUAAAAUCAUGUAAUGUAAUGUGAAGUAUUAAAAUGUAAUAAAUAA